AUGGGCCAGUCUUCCAAGACUUCCACCCCCCAAUUAAAAAAGGAUACCUUACACAAAUACCUCGAGUGUCAACGGCAAAUACUGACUGAUGAUGAAUAUGAUCAAACAGCUGACAUUGUGAACAAUUUUAAAGCCAAUGAAGGUCCAGAUCUACAAAAGAGAUUAAUAGCUAAAGAUAAACAAAAUAAACACACAAGUUACAUUACAAAGCCAUGGUUUGACAUGUACUUGAAGUCCAGAUCACCCAUUGUAUUGAAUUACAAUCCCUUCAUGUCCUUCCAAGAUGACCCACGGCCAGAAUAUCAGAACCAGCUCAUUCGCUCAACAAAUAUGAUUGUAUCAUCACUAAAAUUCAUGAAGACAUUGAGGGCUAAUAUCCUGGAGCCCGAUAUCUAUCAUCUGUUUCCAGCAAAGUCAGACAACAUGAGGUUCAGGAAAAUCAUGAGAAUGAUUCCGUCUUCUUUUGCCUUCUAUGGAGCAUAUCUCUACAAAGCUUUUCCUUUAGACAUGAGCCAGUAUAAAAAUUUAUUCAAUUCAACGAGAAUUCCAAGACGUGGAAAAGAUGAAUUAGUUGUGAACAAAGAAGCAAAACAUAUGCUGGUAAUGAGAAAUGGACAUUUCUAUGUGUUUGACGUCCUGGAUAGUGAUGGUGAGAAAAUAAAGAUUACCAUAUUCAUAGCAAUUAGA